UUGCGUCAAGGCUGCGGCUGAGAUGUAACGCGAGGUCUGGGCAGGAUCUUGAGUAUUUGCCUUAGAGUUUGACAUUGACAUAGAACUCAAGAUUUCAUUUUACGCUCUCAGCUGCAUCAUCAAGGGCACUUAUCUGCGAGCGUAAAGGGUAGGAUACAUGCGCAUGUGCACACAACCGUGUCCAAUGUAGGCCUGUGUUGUUUUCAAAGUGCCCCAAAGGAAAAUUUGUUUUAUUUAUUUAACAACAAAAAAAAGCAAGGAAAAGACGAACUAAGGGAAAUCGGAGGCUCAUAUGACCGCCUCCCUGGUGCUAAAUCCUCGCUGGCCGGCGGAAACUGUGAUGUUUGUGUAUGACAAUAACCUGGACGACCUUAAUAAGAACAUGGAAGGAUUCGUAGGCAGCGGGAACUUUGCAUCGGCCAGUCAGUGCCGUAAUAUUAUGGCCCAUUCGGCGGCCGCAGCGGCUCUGGGUGGACACCCGUCCGGAUUGGUGCACCCUUCCACCGGCUACUCUACAUUGGACGCCCCUGGCUCCAGCCCCAGUGAAACGGCCACGUCUUCUGGAAAACCGUGCGGCGCCGGCCCGUGUCCAGCCGCCUCGAUGCCACAUCAGAGCUCCUCUGCAGCAUCCGCUCUACCGUACAGUUACUUCGGUAACGGCUAUUAUCCGUGCAGAAUGGGGCGAGGCGCCCUCAAGUCGUGCACUCAGGCUGCCGGAGCCGCUCUCAGCUAUUCCGCAGCAGCAGAGAAGUACAUGGACACCCCGGUGAGCAGCGAUGACUACUCGAACCACCGAGCUAAAGAAUUUGCUUUUUACCACGGCUACCCGAGCCCCUAUCAAUCCAUGGCGAGCUACCUCGACGUGUCUGUGGUGCAGACCCUCGGUGCUGGGGAGCCCCGCCAUGACACCCUCCUACCGAUGGACAGCUACCAGCCCUGGGCUCUCACGAACGGCUGGGGUGGCCAAAUGUACUGCCCCAAAGACCAGGGCCAGGCGGGGCACCUUUGGAAGUCUGCUCUGGCGGAUGUAGUGGGGCACGACGGAUCGUCUUUUCGUCGAGGCAGGAAGAAAAGGAUACCCUACACCAAGCUCCAGCUCAAGGAACUGGAGAAAGAAUAUGCUGCGAACAAAUUCAUCACGAAGGACAAACGAAGAAAGAUCUCAGCAGCCACUAAUCUGUCGGAGAGGCAGAUCACCAUUUGGUUUCAAAACAGGAGGGUGAAAGAGAAGAAAUUCGUUGCCAAAGUCAAAAGCACUGCACCAUAGAACCCCUUUGUAUGCCAAUGGCCAAAAACGUCCACGAUCAGCAUCCGUGUUUUGGACAAAGAAGAACGUGGAUUUACUUCAUUUGACAUCAUAUCAAAAAAAGGGGACGACAUGACGACAUUAUACUCGACGAUGUGGGACUUGGGGUUUCAAUUCUCCCUAUAGGUUCACUUCACCGAAAGCUCUUUCACAAUGAACAAUGAUAGAAAAAAAAAACAGACUAAGAACUCGAAGAAAUGAGCAAAA